AUGUCUGAGUACUCUGACUCUACGUUCGAGUCCUUUGACUCCACGUCUGAGGACUCUGACUCUGACUCUGCGUCUCAGUACUCUGACCCUGACCCUACUCCCGGAUCAGAAUCAAAGCACAUAUAUCUCUUCGAGCUUCGCCACCUCUCCUGCCAACCCCGCCCGGCUUUAUGGGAACGUUCGGACUGCGCCCAAGUGAAGUCGGCCAACCUAUCGGCGUGUUUCGAAUAUCACAAUCCUCAAUACGAGUCCAGAGACGACAGAGCGCCUUCGAUCGACGAGGUCGUUAGGCAUCUCGCUGCAGAGCACUAUUCGUAUCACCAUCCUGGCACACCGUACAACGCGCUGUGGAUUGUCAGGUCGAGAAUCUGUUAG